AUGAAAAACCUGUCUCGAUGCACCAGCUGGUGCGUACGCGGAAUCGCCCGGCACGAAGUACAGUUCAACGAGAUUGCAAGCGCAGCUUCACUACUCAGCUCGGUCAUCUCUCUUUUUUUUUCAUGUUCUACUAUUUUUUAAUGCACUCAUAAAAAAAAUCAAUAAAUAAUUCAAAAAAAAAGAAAUGAAAAAAAGCGACAAACGAAGCUCUCAAACAUUCGCCUGCGCUUGAAUUGCACUCACUGUGCUGAUCAGGUGUCUCGCGGGUGUACCCGUGUUAAACCCACGUGUUUUCUGAGGUUAUUUUAGUCUGAUUGGGCUAGAAACAGGGGAACAACAGGUGUAAGAAAAAAUGUGUAACAACAGUGCUAAAGCAGGGGUCUCAGUUGGGCUAAAAUUGCCAAAAGUUCUAUAAGCUGGGCUUUUUACGGGUUUUAAUGCAGGGGGCUUCCGCUGGAACCCCGUGUGCCUGCUGGUUACCCCUGCUCAACAAAAUGCAGAGCUCACGUGCCAAGAGCCGCCACGCACACGCCGCGAUGCGUCUUACCCCCGCCUUUAAGUCGGUAAACAUUGACUAUAAUUGCGUUGCUUUAUGGCUCACUUUCAUGCGUCGGCUGGAUCUCACCCGGCCUUUUUGCCCGCAGUGAAAAUUCAAAACUUACAAAAUUUUUGAAGUGCCUCGGACACGAAUAUCGUCUGCGUAGGCAAAAGAAUUUAACCCGCUUCUAGAAGGCUCCUCGACCGCUUGCAGCGCGCUGCACCUGACUUGGCGGGGAUUUUCGCGGCGGCUCAUCGCCGAGCAGCUGCGGCCUCACCCAGAGCCUUUCCGGCCUACUCUGGAGGCUUCUCUGAGCCUAACCGGAAGCCUUUGCGGCUCACCUGGGAGCAGUUGGGGCCUACAAGCAGAGGCGCAUCAUAUAUAUACUAUCAAAAUCUAUUAAUGCGACUAUGAGGUAGGCCGCAAAUGCUUCUAAAAUAAUAAACUUGCUGCUUUCCGAACUAAGAUUAAACAUUUUUUUUUUUCUCAUUUGCGAAAUUUCCGUCACAAAAAGAAAAAUUACUCGAACAGAAUUACUGCUCUAUGAAAAAAAAAAUAGCAGCGCCUCAAAAUCUCUUCAAAAGCUUAUCAGAAAAAAGUUUCAUAAUAUUACACCAAAACAAAGAAAUAGCGAGUAUUCCCGAUCGCCACAGCAAAGAGAAACAACCGAAAGUCGUCCAAGGUGCAAGCCGUUGGAUUAAAUUACGUCAGAAUGCUCACCAUCGUCGACUUUUGUUUGGAUGUUUCAAUAUCGUUUCAAGAGAAUAAUCCGACGUUACCAACAUGUUUGAUUUUCCAGCAUGAAAGUAUAAUCGCAUUGGAUCAAAAUCUCAUUGAGAUACGUACGAAUAUCAUAGAGUAUUUGGCGCCAGUAAGAAAUGACAUGGUGUGCCGAAAACCGAAAAAACUCCAAAUUUCAAAAACUUCGCUUUGCAUUAAAACGCCAAUUUAGUUUAGAGCUACUUGAUAGUGUUUUUAGUGUCCACGUUUGAAACUACAUGAUUUUAUGUCAAGUAGUUCAUUUGUUGACAAUUGUUCACUGUGGCUAGAAAGUUUUUCGAAGCGACCACAGUCGGCUUUUGCGCUAUGCGCGCUCCGCCUCCGUGUGAAGCCUUAAAACCAAGAUCCUAUUUCUUAAGUAAUGCAUGAAAAGAAAAAAGCAAACACUUAUAUUCCUCUGAAUAAUUACUUGAUUUGAAAACUAAUAAAAGUUCAUCUUAAAUUUUUCUAAGUGGUCAGCGCCAAAUAGCUUUAUGAUUCGUACGUAUCUCGACGAGACGGAUCGAGGAAUGGUUAUACUUUCAUGCUGAAAAUCGAACAUGUUGGUAACGUCGAAUUUUACCUUCAGGAGUUCUUAAAACUAUUAAUUGGUCUUAUUUUAUUUUUCAAAAUAACCUGAAAAGGUCCCUUGAAGUUCUUCAGUUCCACCCUUCGUUUCCAAACGAAGAAGUUUGGCGUCUGAAAGAAGCGUGCUUAGAAGACCAACUUCGUCAGUUCGCCACGCUCAUGAAAUCUAUAAUUAGAAAAGAAAUAUUUCGAAAGUAGCUAUAAAAGUUAACAAUCGGACAUCUCGCAAAUCACACAAAAUCAUAGAUUAUAAAAUCGUCGGCAGGUUCGAGAAGCUUAAAAUCAACACAUGCGAUACGCGGUGUGCCGUGACCGAGCCUCGCGAUCACCGCCGUGCCCGUAUAUAGACGAUUCGCGGCUGGCAACGGGACGCAAAAAGGCGUGGCCUGUCUGCACCUCCACCAACCAGGGGCCCUGUCUCGUCUCUCUUUUCGUGGCAGGGACCCUCUCGACGGCUCAAAGCCAGCCGUGAAUCAGCUAUACUGAAAUCGUGCAAAAGAGCAGGUGCCUAUGCCGGCAUUUUGCAGUUACACGCAUCCUGCAAAGAAAGAGCUUUGCAUUUUACGCCUACAGUCUGUUCGGAUUUCAAAUGUCAAAGGUUACUCGCUGAAGCUCGCCCCUAAUGGCGCCGCAUAAACCAAUCAGAGAGCGAGGCCAUCCACAGAGCGUUUUCGAGAUGACGUCAUUAUACUUGAGCAAAUUUCAAAAUCUGAUCCAGACAUAUAGUCUGUUCAGAUUUUUGAAUGACUACGAUAAUGUUUCAAAAUAUAUUCAGAAUAACAGUAUUGUAAAAUUCUAGAUCUUUGGAAAUUCGCGCACAAGCCUGCCUGACGCGGAAGCGUGCGGAAUUUUAACGUGUGUGCGUUCGCGGUUCUUGGCACAAGCGCCGGUAAUUAUCACCAUUAUAAUGAACACUUCGCAAUAGGGCGCACUUGGCUUUACGCAUAUUUCGAGAAAUCGAAUCAUUUCCAUCUCACCUCGCUUUUUCUGAGUUUUCAUUUGUUUCAUGAUUUAUAAUCCACUUCAUGAACUUUGGAAUAAUAAAUAUUUUAUGGCACGUGCUGAAAGCUCGAAGAUGUCGUAGCAAACGAAUUUCUGCAGCACGUAGAUGAUCGAGAUCGAAUUUUGCCACAAGUUUGGUGAGCUUCAAAAUAGCUCGGAAAAACUGCAGUGUACUUUGCAGGGAUUACACUUUGAAUUUUCACACAAACAGAUAAGCUGGAUAACAGUUUAAAAAGCAAGACCGUUUUUUAUGUUUAAAACAGGUAAACGGUGAAAAAAAAAAAAUCGAACGAACAUCCCAUUGAACGUUAAAAUUGACGACUAUCUUCUAUAUUUAAGUGAUUUUUUUUUGCGAGUUAGUCAGUAGCGUCAACAAUAUCGUCUUCCGGGCGCGGACUUAGGGCCACAUUUUGAGAAAAAAGGUUUGCGCAGGCUUAGGUCAGGCCAACUCGAAAUUUUCCCAAAUUUCACUGAUAAAUGUUGUUAAAUUAUGGUUCUGUUGAACUGUGAGUGAAUGAACAAGCAUAAAUGUGACUUCUGUUGUAAAAAAAAGCGAUAUUCGACUUGAAGAAAAUUUGAGCCGUUCUUUUUGAGGCCUCUCUAAGGCCAAACGGGGCAUGGAAUAAUGGCCAAGGGCCGAUAGGCUCACGAUGCCGGUUCCGUAUAGCCCCUGAUGAUGACUACACGGUCUCAUUGAAAUUUUCGAUUUUGGAAUUUUCACGCGAACGGUAGCCCUUUCCUUUCGUCGCAGUAAGUAUUCACCAUCUUGUAGUUUGAUUAUAGAUCAUGAAAACAAAUAAGUAAAACUCAGAAAAAGCGAGGUGAGAUGGAAAUAGGAUGGUAGGACGAAAAAUUUGGUCCGCAAAAGUAGCCGUCGCGUGAAAAUUGCGACCACAUAACUUAUGAGCCACGAAAUUUUAAACCUUCAAAAUUUUUCGUAAAAUUUUAAAAUUGCUCAAGAUGAUGACUUUUGAAUUUCUUUCUUUUCCUUUUUUUCAAUUUUUUCCCUUUUAUUCUUGAUAUUGAUUGAUUCAAGAACUGAAACCGCGCAUUUUCGGUGGUUCUAGAAAUUUCAAUCAUUAUCAUCAAUAGAGAUCUGUCAUUUUUUGUUAUAAACAUGGAAAACGUAUUUAGUUGACAGAUUUUGAACUUAAUGAUUUAUGGCACGAAUUAAUUGGGAAAACAGAAGAAAAAAGGAUUAAAAACUCGAGAAAUUAGGUUUCAAAACGUUAUCAAAUCCCUGGGAUCGCCAGGACUAACUCAACAGAAAUGAGAAUCAGUACUAGAGCAGAGUUUGAGAAGACCAGAACAAAGAAAAACAGAGAAAAUACAGAAAGUGAAAGCCUUAUAUGCAAAGUAAUUUCUAAUUUAAAUGGACAAAAUUUAAAGGUUUAAAAUUUUCAAGUGGCUCACAUAAGUUAUGUGGUCGCAAUUUUCACGCGACGUAUUUUUGCGGAUCAAAUGUUUCGUCCUACCAUCGGAAAUAGUUCAGUUUCCGCGAAAUAAUGCGUAAAACCAAGUGCGCCCCUAUUGCAGGGUAUUCACAUAUAAUGGUGAUAAUUACCGGCGCUUCUUGGCACGAAGUUCAAUUAAAUUGCCUUCGACUAUUUAAAAAUCGGCAAUGAUCUUUUCAAUGUUUUCUACUAUUUUUAAUGAAUACAUGAACAUAAUCAAUAAUAAUUGAAAAAGGAAUAAGAAAAGAGCGAAAACAGGAUUUUCAAAGAGUCGAGGAGUGGUUGAAUUGAACACGUGCCAGACCGUGAACACUUUUACGCUACGCCCCCCACGCCACGCCUCCCUCGCCUUUCAAGUCGGGAAAACAUUGACUAUAUAAAAAAAGCCUGGGUGGGCUCAGGCCAGGCCGGCAGAAUGUACAGGUGCUGAAGUUCAAAAAAUUUUUAAUCAAAAAUAAGUAGAUAAUCGUGAAAAGCUAAUGCCUAUUGGGAAAGUAUAGAACAAAUAACUAAUUGUUGAAUUUGGCUGUCAUAGCUCAGAAAAGUGGAGAAAAAACAAGGUCAAAGUUCCGCAAAAAGUGCGGAACGCGGAACCUCAGAAAAAUUGCAGUUUUGUAUUUGCUUUUCAUUGAAAUGGUAACUUUAUUUUUGGAAUCUUUUCUGAAUUUCUAUACUUUCCCAUGAGCAUAGCUUCACAAUUAUUUUUGAUUAAAAAUUUUCCCUUCAAAAUUCCCACUUCGCGUUUUUUUGCCGGAACUGUUCCGUCACAUCUCUGCAGGCCGGGCUUCGAAAAAGUGCUUGAAGUUCGCUUCGAAAAUGUUUACGGAAAAAAUUAUUUUACUUGGUGAAUCAUAGUUUCGUGAACUGGUUGGAAUGAAUCUCACUCGCAAGAGCUCGUGAGAUCGGCUGACGCGAUCUGAGUAAGAUCCACGUCCACGCCGGAUGCGGAUUCAGUCCAUAGAGCAAGCUGGGUUAAGCUAUAUGAUCGUUUCGUAGUGUUCGAAUUUAAUUUCCAAUAACUCUAUAAGAAAAUGAGCAAAAAUAUCCACUUUCUCGUUAAAAAAAGCGAUUCGACCCCGUAGAUCUUGAGUUUUCGGCCGGGCCGGUCAUUUUCAUUUAAGGCCUUCCCUAGGGCCGAGCCGGGCAGUAAGUUGCCGGGGGGCCAAGAGGUUGACAGGCUGGCCUCACUGAAGCCUGGAGUGAAACCAGGUUGAAAAAACCCGGCAUCUAAGAUUCGUUGGAACUAAUUUAUAUAGGUGAAAGUGCAUAAAUGAAAAGUUUUGAGAAAGAUGGAAGCUUUUCCAUUUUAAGGAAUCUUUUGAACGUUUAGAGAUUUCAUGAAGUUUGCUAUGAGGGUUUUAAAGGGACUUUUUAUUCUGUUUGAAAAUAACGAAGAGGCAGUCGUUUUUAAAGUUUGUGGCUGACGACUCGGUGAGCUCGCGGAGCAACUCGUUGGCCUCAUUCCGAUCCAGCGGUGGCCGUCUCGACGUCAACGACUGCCGGCUUUGAUCAGAAGAAACCCAAGGAGAAAUAA